AUGCUACCCCAGCACACUAUACUUAUACACUCUCUAUCGUUAUCACUCUUCAUACCAUUCACAAACGCGGAUGUAAAGCCCUACUACCGAUCCACUAGCUAUGACCGCAGCCACUACGGCGCAUGGCCCCAACAGAGCUACCACUCCUCAUCACUUUCCGGUCCAAUCCUGAAUUACUGGCAUCGCAGUCGAGCUUGUGAAGAUGGGGGAUAUACACUCAUCGCACCGCGUGGAGAUUCAGUCAGACACAAAGGACCGAUGAUACUAGAUCAGAAUGGAGAUCUGGUUUGGUUUAAGGAGUACGGGACGACGUAUAAUUUGAAUAUUCACACUUUUCGAGGGGAAGAUUAUCUCACGUUCUGGACUGGGAAUGAUGGGGUUCGUGGACAUGGUAAUGGGGUUUAUUACAUGCUCAAUUCCCGCUACGAAGAAACAUACAAAGUCCGCGGUGUCAACGGCCUUCCUGCGGAUCUGCAUGAGUUUAACAUAACACCUGACGAGACGGCUGUUUUUGCUGUAUAUGAAACUCGGCCCGCGGACCUGCGUGUUGUCGGCGGACCUGAGAAUGGGUGGAUUUUCGACGGUGUCUUCCAAGAAGUCGACAUUGAGACGAACGAGCUUCUCUUUCAAUGGCGCGCAUCCGAACAUUUUAACCUCAACGACGGUUACCGCGGAACUGAAGGCAAUGGAAAUUCAGAGGAUGCGCCGUGGGACUUUUUCCAUAUCAACAGCAUCGACAAGGAUGCCCGGGGCAAUUUCCUAAUUUCUUCACGGUAUAUGAGCUGCCUCACUUAUAUCGAUGGAAAGACCGGCGAUAUAAUCUGGAGACUUGGUGGGACGCAGAAUUCCUUCACCGAUUUAUCAGAAGGCGCAGCGACGAAUAUCAGUUGGCAGCAUCAUGCUCGGUUCCAGGAGGACGAUACAGAUGCAGACCCUGAGUCAGAGGAUUACCCGAAACGUGCAAUUACAGUUUUUGACAACUCGUCUCGAGGCAAAGGUGCGCCCGAGAAUAGAAGCCGUGGAUUGUUCGUCGAUAUCGAUGAGAACGAGCUCACAGCGAGUGUCAGACAUGAGUACUGGAAUCCACUGCAAAUUAGUAGCCAGUCACAAGGCUCAGUUCAGGUCCUCGACAACGGCAACGUGCUAGUUGGAUAUGGGUUCGACGCAGCGUGGACAGAGUUCUCCAUGGACGGGGAAGUGCUAUGUAAUGUCCAUUUCGGGCCUUCCGGCGGCUUCGGUGAUGGUAAUAUAAUCUCAUACCGCGUUUUCAAACAUCAAUGGGUUGGAAGACCGACCUCAUCUCCCGAUGCGGCGUUUGCAGAGACAUAUGUUGCAGUCAGCUGGAAUGGAGCCACGGAGGUGAAGAGUUGGGUUUUGGAGGGUGCUGUUGAUACAAGGAACGGAACUAAUAGGAAUGAGUUCAAUGACUGGAAGAUACAACACCCUGAGCAUCUUGAUGAUUUUGUGUUCGUCUCUGCUGUUCCCAAGUCUGGGUUUGAAACUGUUGUUCCUGUUCCUUCGGAUAUGCCAUAUCGAACCCUGCGCGUUGUUGCGCUGGGAGAUGAAGGGAAAUUCCUGGGCGUCACUGCUUCUGUGGAAUGGAAACCAGAGGUGUUUAGCAAGGAGAUCUUGAUUGUUCAUGGUGAUGAAGAUGAUUUUAUGGGUGAGUCUGGCAUUGGGGACUUUUGGAUGUUUGCGCUUGGGUUCAUGUCUGCCGCGUUUGUUAUGUUAUGCGCAUGGCUCCUUAAGACUCAUAUUCGUAGGGGUCUACUUGGACAACUCUUUAAAAAAAGCUCCGACAAAGAGGCUGAGUAUGAGGAGUGGAUGUCCCUCAGUUCUCAGGAGCUGAAUGUACUGGACGAGUUGAGUGAUUUGGAAACCGGGGACCAGCCUGAGUCCCAUCUCUUGAAAGAAGAGGACAAGCAUGGCAUACCGUCAUCCUUGACAUCAACUUAA